AUGACUGACCAGCAAGAGUCUCCAUGCCGCAUCUUGGUCCUGGCUUCUGGCUUUGGUUCAAACUUCCAGGCGCUCAUAGACGCUAUUGCUAUAGGCCGGAUCCCAAACAGCCACAUCAUAGGUCUUGUUACGAAUCGGAGAAAUGUACACGCAACUGCCAGAGCAGAAGGCGCAGGCAUUCCUUGGGAUUACUUUAAUUUAAUCAGCAACGGAUUCCUAUCCAAGGGCGAAAAGGACGAGCAGACAGUCGCUGAAGGUCGCCGGAGAUAUGAUGCUGCGUUGGCCGAGAUGGUGUUGGCAAAAAAGGAAAGGCCCGAGUUGAUUGUCCUCGCUGGGUGGAUGCAUGUAUUCUCAGGUGCUUUCUUGGAACCCAUGGAAAGGGCAGGAGUAAAAAUCAUCAAUCUCCAUCCUGCGUUACCUGGGGAGUUUGAUGGAGCCAACGCGAUCGAGCGAGCCUUUGAAGAGCUUAAAGCUGGACGAUUAACACGCACUGGUAUUAUGGCUCACUACGUAAUCGAACAGGUAGAUAGGGGUGCUCCUAUUAUGGUUGAAGAGAUUGAGUGGAAUGGGGAGGAGCUGGACGAGUUGAAGGAGAGGAUCCAUUCCCGUGAGCAUGAACUAAUUGUGAAUGCAACGGCGAAGGUGGUUCAAGAGAUACUGGAGGGAAGGGCGAAGUAA